CUCGGGCCCCCGGCACUGGCUGACCCAGCGCGUCAGCGAGGCCGCCCCCGUCGGCCCUCCCCCGGGCGGGGCCAGCCCCGACGGCGCUGAGUCAGCAACGCGAGGGGGGAGUUUUGUCCCUCCGCGGACCCCGUUUCUCCCGGCCUCAGCCUCCCCGCCGCUACCGCCAAGCCGGUUUCCUUUUUCCGGCGCUCCGGGUGCGAGAGGCAGGUCCGGCGCUUUAGGCAGGGAGCCGCAGCGCAACCCCGGCGCUCGCCCGAGGACCCUGGAAGCUACUGUUACCCCGCCGGGCAGCGUGGGCGCCAUGAGCAGCGCGGGACUGAAUUCGGAGAAGGUAGCUGCUCUGAUACAGAAACUGAAUUCCGACUCCCAGUUCGUACUUGCCCAGAAUGUCGGGACCACCCACGACCUGCUGGACAUCUGUCUGAAGCGGGCCACCGUGCAGCGCGCGCAGCAUGUGUUCCAGCACGCAGUGUCCCAGGAGGGCAAGCCGGUCACCAACCAGAAGAGCUCAGGGCGAUGCUGGAUCUUUUCUUGUCUGAAUGUUAUGAGGCUUCCAUUCAUGAAAAAAUUAAAUAUUGAAGAAUUUGAGUUUAGUCAAUCUUACCUCUUUUUUUGGGACAAGGUUGAGCGCUGUUAUUUCUUCUUGAACGCUUUUGUGGACACAGCCCAGAGAAAGGAGCCUGAGGAUGGGAGGCUGGUGCAAUUUUUGCUUAUGAACCCUGCAAAUGAUGGUGGCCAAUGGGAUAUGCUUGUCAAUAUUGUUGAAAAAUAUGGUGUUAUCCCUAAGAAAUGCUUUCCUGAAUCUUAUACAACAGAGGCAACCAGAAGGAUGAAUGAUAUUCUGAAUCACAAGAUGAGAGAAUUCUGUAUACGACUACGGAACCUGGUACACAGUGGAGCAACCAAAGGAGAAAUCUCAGCCACACAGGAUGUCAUGAUGGAGGAGAUAUUCCGAGUGGUGUGCAUCUGUUUGGGUAAUCCACCAGAGGCAUUCACCUGGGAGUAUCGAGACAAAGAUAAAAAUUAUCAGAAGAUUGGCCCCAUAACACCCUUGGAGUUUUACAGGGAGCAUGUCAAGCCACUCUUCAAUAUGGAAAAUAAGAUUUGUUUAGUGAAUGACCCUAGGCCCCAGCACAAGUACAACAAACUUUACACAGUGGAAUACUUAAGCAAUAUGGUUGGAGGGAGAAAAACUCUAUACAACAACCAGCCCAUUGACUUCCUGAAAAAGAUGGUUGCUGCCUCCAUCAAAGAUGGAGAGGCUGUGUGGUUUGGCUGUGAUGUUGGAAAACACUUCAAUGGCAAGCUGGGCCUCAGUGACAUGAAUCUCUAUGACCAUGAAUUAGUGUUUGGUGUCUCCUUGAAGAACAUGAAUAAAGCGGAGAGGCUGACUUUUGGUGAGUCACUUAUGACCCACGCCAUGACCUUCACUGCUGUCUCAGAGAAGGAUGAUCAGGAUGGUGCUUUCACGAAAUGGAGAGUGGAGAAUUCAUGGGGUGAAGACCAUGGCCACAAAGGUUACCUGUGCAUGACAGAUGAGUGGUUCUCUGAGUAUGUCUACGAAGUGGUGGUGGACAGGAAGCAUGUCCCUGAAGAGGUGCUAGCUGUGUUAGAGCAGGAACCCAUUGUCCUGCCAGCGUGGGACCCCAUGGGAGCUUUGGCUGAGUGAUACUGCCUCCAGCUCUUUCCUCCUUCCAUGGAACCUGACGUAGCUGCAAAGGACAGAUCCAGGGACUGAAGCCAAAGUUAUGCAAGGGACUAUGUGUUGCCACAGUCAGAUUUCCAGUCUCCACCAGGAACCUCUUUGGGAAGUGUGGUUUAUGCUGAAACAGAAUACUCUUAAAGAAAAAAAGGAGGGGGAAAGACCAGGUCAUACUCCCUACUCUCCUCAUCUCUAACAGCUCAGGAUCUCUUAGCAUUUUAAUCAGAUGUAAUUGUUUGUCUUUAACUGUCAAAAAGUUUGGUUCUGUGUCUGUGUUUUAAUAAGACGAGAGGAUGAGCGAUUGAGGUGUAUGGAGAGAAAACAGACCUAAUGCUCCUUGUUCCUAGAGUAGAGUGGAGGGAGGGUGGCCUAAGAAUUGAGCUCUCGGAACUGCAUGCUGCUGGACAGUAUCACUGUCUUUCUUAGAUGGCAGUCACUGAAUUCCAUUUUUUCAAGGUAAUUUCUGGUGCCUCUAAUAGCCCAAGAAUGGGAGGUUGAUCGGGUCUGACAUGAUUCCUUCCUGUUCUGAACUGUGGGGUGCACAUCUCUGCUUGCGUCGGGUUUGAGUAGAGGCUUAGAGACAGUUGGGUGAGAACAACCAAAAUCUUAUGGUCUCAGUUACAAUCAUUAGGGGGAGCUCUAGCCAAAUGGUUUAACUUCUGCCUUUGGAACUGGGGAUUGGGUGGGCAGGAAAAGGUGAUAUCCAUUCUUUCUGAUAACUAGAUGGUGCUGAGAAGCUUUUGAAUAAAAACUUUGCUAAAUGA